AUGAAACCUUUCUUAAGAAUUUGUGAAUGGAAGGUACUUGUGGAAAAUCAGGUUGACAAAAAGGUUAAGGCUCUUAGAACUGAUAACGGGUUAGAGUUUUGCAACCAUGCAUUUGAUGAGUUUUGCAGGAAAUUCGGAAUCAAAAGGCACAGGACAUGUACCUACACACCUCAACAGAACGGUGUGGCAGAACGCAUGAACCGAACGAUCAUGGAGAAGGUCAGAUGUUUGUUGAAUGAGUCUGGUCUGAGUGAAGCGUUCUGGGCAGAAGCAGCAAUGACUUCAGUUUACGUGAUCAACUGUUCUCCUUCGUCUACCAUUGAGUUCAAGACGCCUGAAGAAGUUUGGCUUGGAAGAAAACCAGGUUAUGGUCACAUGAGGAAGUUUGGAGCGGUGGCAUACGUUCACCAUGACCGAGGGAAGCUACAGCCAAGAGCUGUGAAAGGCGUGUUCAUAGGUUAUCCACCUGGAACCAAGGGUUACAAGAUUUGGUUAUUGGAAGAACAGAAAUGUGUGAUCAGCCGAAACGUGAAGUUUAAUGAAGCUCAAGUCUACAAGGAUACUGUGGGAGAGACUUCAGGGAGCAUUGGAGACACUCAGAUCAACAAAGUGUCAGAGAUCGACGAACAAGAGACUUCUGAGACACCUCCAUCAUCAGCAGAUCAUGGUGGAGUAACACCGGAUCAAGAGUUAGGUGGAGCCAGUGAUGAUCAGUUUGAUGAAGAGGAUCACCAGGGAAGUUCUCCAGAGCCAUCUCCAUCCCCGGCGAAUGAUGAAGGGUCCAGUCUGAAAAACUAUCAAGUUACUCGGGACAGAAAACGGCGAAAUAUUGUUCCACCGGUGAGAUGGAACGACUAUGACUUGUCAGAAGUUGCGUUUGCACUUUCGUGUGCAGAGCUCAUGUACGUGGAAGAAGAACCAGGCAGUUACAGUGAAGCAACGAAGAGCAGAGAUUGGAAGAAGUGGAAUGCUGCGGGAGAUGAUGAGAUGGAAUCAUUGAUGAAAAACGGGACUUGGAUUUAG